AUGGAUAAAAUAGUGCAACUUUAUUUCAACAAAUUGGAAUUAAAUGAUGAAGUAAAGAAACUUAUUUUGAGCUGGGUUACAUUUUUCAACAAAAAUUGGGAAUAUUUAUUUAACAUUGAUAAGGAUGUUAUUUUGAACCUUGAAUUUUUUUUAGAUAAUAAAAAAAUAAUAAAUAAAAACGCGCCGCCUAAUAAUGAAAUAUUUUUACAUGAACUUCAGAAAAAUCCAGAAAUCGUUUUAAAAUUUAUGAAAGUUGCGAUUCAUUUGUUGUUGUAUCAUGGUUUAGGAUUAAAUGAAAUAGAAAAGGAUCCAAUAUUUAAGGAAAAAAUUAUUUCACACAAAAAACAAAAGAAUAUGUCAGAGACAGAAAAAAGAAUAAAUGAUCAUGUAGAAAAUAAUAUUUUUUAUAAAGAAAAUGAUUCUGAAAUUAGAAUUUUCAUUCGAAAUGAAGAAAUAGAAAAAGUAAAAUCUAAUAACAUUUUAUUAAAUGAUCUAAAAUAUGAUCGAUAUAAAGAUUCUGAAAUUUUUCGUACAUAUUUUUUUUCUACACAAAUAACAAUAUAUUUAUAUAAUUGGAAUAAAGUUAAUAAAUUUAAAAAUUUAAAAAGUGAGAAAGUAAACCAAUUAGUUUGUUUAAGAGGAAGUAUAUUAAGAGUUUCCCCUGUACAACUGUUAAUAACAAAAAUUGAUUUUAUAUGUGAAAAAUGUAAAUAUAUAUUUAAAAUUGAAUUUAUAGAUGGUAAAUUUGAAAUACCUAAAAAAUGUCUAAUAAAAAAUUGUGAUAGUAAAAAUUUUGCUCCAAUACGAGAAUCAGCAAAAUCAAUUGAAUAUCAAAAAAUUAUUUUAAAAGAAAAUAAAAAAAAUAUAUCUAAUAUUUAUGAAACAGAUAAUACUACUAAUAUAAAAAAUUUAUUAAUCACACUCGAAGUAUCAAAAUUUUUUGUUAACACAUGUCUACCUGGAAGUUAUGUAGAGGUUUUGGGAAUAUUAAAAGUUAUAUCUCAUAUUAACAAUUAUUUAAUAAAUGGAAAAAAUUCAAUUUUUAACAUGUAUAUUGAUUGUAUUUCAAUAUUUUCACUGUCAUCAAAAAAAUAUUAUAAUAAUAACACUUUUAAUAUUCAGAAAAUUAAGAAAGAAAAAAAAAAAAUAUAUUCAACUCUUUUAUGGCAAUCUUAUAUAGAUAAUGUUAAUAAAAAACUUUCUGAAAUAAGUAUUGAGAAAGAUGUUUUAGAAAAACCUUCUGAUAAAAAUAAAUCGAAUAAUAAUUUAACUUUCCAAAAUGAUAAUUGUUCUACUAACUUAAGAAGUAUAAACGAAAAAGGUUUACACAUCAAUCAAUGUUAUGAGGAAAUAAAUAUAGAUGAUAAAGAAUGUAAAAUAGAAAAAAAAAGUGAUAACUUUUUUAGAAAUGAAGAAAAUACUCAAAUUAAUAAUAUAUUUUGUGGAAAUGAAAAUAUUCCCAAAAAUAAUGCCACAUUAAACUCUCUAAAUAUGUAUGGCGAUUUUUUAGAUAUUUUUUAUAUAAAUAAUAAUUACGUUACCAAUGAUUACAUAAAUAAAGCCACAAAAUCUAUUAAUAAAGAAAAUGAAUCACAUCAUAAUAAUUUGACAAAUCCUUUAAUUGAUUUUGAUAAAAAUACUUUAAAUUUUAUAAAAGAUUUCGAAAAAUAUAAAAAUAAUAAAUUUUAUUUAUUAGUUAGUUCAUUCUGUCCACGUGUAGUUAUGAAUUAUUAUAUCAAAGCAGGAUUGUUGCUAAGUUUAUUAGGAGGAAAAACAAUAUAUGAUCAAUUUGGUGAAAUAAAAAGAAGAGGAAAUAUACAUUUAUUAUUAAUUGGCGAUCCGGGAUUAGGAAAAAGUAGAAUUUUACAAUAUAUAAGUAAUAUAAUAGAAAAAAGCUUAUUUAUUUGUAGUACUUCAACUAGUAUAAAUGGAUUAACUGCAUCUGCUGUUAAAGAUUCGACAAAUAAUGAAUACUCUUUAGAAGGUGGAGCAUUAGUAUUGUCUGAUAAAGGUGUAUGUUGUAUUGAUGAAUUAGAUAAAAUAUCUUUAAAAGACCAGCAAUCUUUUUUGGAAUGUAUGGAAAGUCAAUGUAUUAAUAUAUCAAAAGCAGGAAUUGUAUGUAAUCUAAAAACUAGAUGCACUAUAAUUGCUGCAUCUAAUCCUAAAGAAGGAAAAUAUAAUUAUAAUAAAACCAUUUUUGAUAAUAUUAAAAUACCUUUACCAUUAUUAAGUAGAUUUGAUAUGGUUUUUUUAUUAACUGAUAAAAUAUCCGAAGAAAAAGACAUAAGUAUUUCAAAUUAUUUGAUAACAUCUACUAAUGAUACAAGAAAAAAUUCCUAUUUAUAUGAUCAGAACGAAAAAAAUAAUUUUGAAAAUAUAAGAUGUAAUGAUGAUUCUGCAUUUAUUGAAAAAGAUGAAAAUUUUGAUGAAUCUAUUUUUUUUGAUUUUCAAUAUAAUCUUACAAAUAAAUGUAAACAAAUUGAUGAAAGUAACUAUUUACCAAUUGAACUAUUAGGAAUAUUUGUAAAAUAUUGUAGAAAAUCGUUAUUUCCAAUUUUAUCAAAUGAAGCAAAACAAUAUAUAAAAAAAUUUUAUAUACAUCUAAGAAAUGCUUCCAUAGCACAUAAUAAUAUAAGCAUCCCAAUAACAAUAAGACAAUUAGAAUCACUUAUAAGAUUAUGCCAAGCAAGAGCACGUGCAGAUUUAUCAAAUGUUGUAACCCUAGAACAUGCUAAAGAAGUUGUUGUAAUAUAUCAAAAAACUAUUUUUUAUCCUUUAUCUUUAAAAAUGAUGGAUUUUAAAGAAAAAAAAACUAAUAAAGCUUCAAGAGGUAAAUCAGCCAAAGCACUUUCUGCAUUAUUUAAGAAAGAUAUUAUACAGAUAGCUCAAAUAAGUGGAAAUAAAAUAAAUAACAAGGAUUUACAAAGUUUAGCUCAAUCAAUAAUACAAUCAGCCGAAUCGAAUAUAUCUGGCGAUGUAUUAAUCCAUAUUAUAAAUGAGGAAGGGUUUAUUUUAUAUAAAGGAAAUCACUGGGAAGUUGACCGUUUCUAUUUGAAGUAG